UCAACUGUCAAAAAUUUUGUUUACGUUUGUUUUCCUCGUUGACUUGUUUAUCAAAUGAUUGGUGUCGUUUUAUUUGACAAUCACGAUGAUUUGCUCUAUGUUUAUAGUGACCGAGAGUUCAAAAACAGAAUUCAUUGCGUAUCGGAUACCUUGGACAUGUGUGCCGUGCCAGGAGAGGAAGUAAUGGACGAUGACAUUCGAUCGAGAAGAGAUGCCGAAUCAAUGAUCCUCAUGCAAAUCUUUUCUCCGCUCUUGACUUCACAUAGAAUCAUGAAUCAAGAGUUUCAAAAUUCUUACGAUUGUAUCGCCUGUGAAGACGGUUCCACCGUGGCCUUUUAUGAGCAAAUGGGAUUUCUGCUCAUCACAGUAGCCAGGUCAUCUGUAAAUGCUGUUCACUUGGCUAGGGUUAGCUUCAGUCUCAUGCAACAUGUUUGCGGUCCUUCAUUAUCAGUGUUGAAACACUCGAAUACUCACUCAGAGCUUGCCACUCUUCUGAUUGAAACAUUUUUAAGAUUGAGACAAUCUAGUCAGCCCAUUGUUACAGAAUCACUGCAUUAUGAACCCAUCAGUGAGGCUGUAAAUUCUUCCAUUCUAAGAGUCCUCCAAGUCGCAGUUUCAGAUUUGAAUGUGCGUGGAGGAAUUCCAGAGAGCAGGGCUCACAUCCUCAUCAUAAAAGAAACCAGUAUUGUUGCCAUUUACUCUGGAAAGGGGACAUCAGAAUUAAAGAUUGAUGAGAUUCUGUUUCUGAUUAUUGUUGCCAAUGCCUUUGACCAUUCUAGAUCUUCAACUCGCCAUAGUCUCAUCAUCCUUGAAUCGUGUGUACCUUACACAAUUCACAUUCAAAGGGUGGAGGACGGUCUCGAUGUGGUCGUCUUAAUUGAGGGUGGAUUGCAUCAGAUAGCCACUGGCCUUUUUUCAUUAUUGAAAAGUCUCUACGCAACGCCCAUAAGGAGCGACUUGAUUUCGAAACAAUUGAAACAAGUGCAAAAAAUGGCUUACAAGUAUAAUCAGCGGCAUCAAUGGUGGGACUUGCUGGUUUGGCGACCGGAGCAGAGCCAAAAUCAAUCAGCCAUGUCCGCAUUUUCGCGCCAAAUUCUCCGCGGAUUUGAAAUCGUCUGCCUCAAUCCAUCCCUUCUGUUUGCAGCUGUUGAACACGUUUCGGCCGUGAUUGACGACAUCCAAUUGAGUAUUCCCAUGCAGUCCUUAUCGCAGCCCUGCAGGCUUACCCCACUGCUCAAAAUCUACCCCGGGCUUGUGCAUUUCGUCCUCAUUGAUAGGAAAAAUCAUCGAAUGAUCUCCCCCGCUCUGCCGCUGGGACGGCACGACUCCUCCUUUGACAACAUGUGGAAAAUCUUUCAUACCUCCUUAGAAUGGCUAAAUGAAGGUAUGCACAAUUUAUUGUGGAACGAUAAGCAGCUGUGCUAUUCGCACGCCAUCUGGAUAGAGGACACAUCGAACAAAAAAUUGCCAUGGAAAUCCAACUGGGACAUGCAAACCGGUACUUUUGGCUAUCCAGCUUUGAUGGGUAGCGGUUUUUACGAAAAUUUAAUGAAGGGAGGGCUGGAAGAUGAGGAGGCCGAAACGACCCAUUACCUCCAGUUUUUCUGCAUUCAUCUCGCCCUAACCAGCCCAAGUCUUGUAGUCGAGCAGUCGGAACGCAUGGCUGAUCACUUGAAACGAUUUAUUUAUCCUUCGUUUGGUAAGUUGGAAGAUCUCUUCUAGAACACAAGCAUUCUUUGUGUUUUGGACAUUCUCAUGUUUGAAUGAUUAGUGCAUUCCAUCCAUUCCAGUGAGCCUUAAGAGCCCAUUUGAUUUUUUUUUUUACUUCAAAUUAAAGUAAACGUUUUGAUUGAUUUUAUUUUAAAGCCAUUUCCUUUCUCUUAUUCUUUGCAUCAUGACAUUAUGUAUUGCCAUUCAGAUCCCAAAAAUCUAUAAAUCCUUGCCUGAUUGAAAUAAUUGAGUGCUUUAAUUUUGUGAUGCUAAUUCGUCGAUGAAGUAAUACACAUUUAAUGGGUGCGCAUUCA